UACAGUAGCAUAUAAAGGUGAAGCAUAAACACAAUGGAAAAGAAGUGAUUAUGAAAGAAAUGUCCGAUAUAGGUAGAAUUAUGGGCAGACAUCUAACAUUAUAUAAAACAACAAGGAUUACAGGUAUUAUUAGGCAUUUUAUUUUUACGAAGUGAUGUGACAGUACUGAAAGUAUGAGAAGAAGAAGAAGAAGAAGAAGGUGGUGAUGUAGUACGUGGAUCCAGUUUUCACCGACAUGAAUGGACUGCUUUGGUUUAUAAUUGAACUGGAAACCAUGGUCUCGACCAUCAUGAUAAGAAUAUAACAAAAAUAUUGAAUCAGAUUCGUCGACAAGUGAUACCGACAUUUAAAUUUAUCACGAAAAUUAGUUCGUGUUCAGUAGUAAUCUGUGAUGGCAUUUGGAGGAGCAAAAGAGGAAUAUAUUUUCUCAAAACUGAAAUCAUCUUCGUCGUGUGUUGUAUAUAAUGGCCUUCUAGAGUUACGAUCGAAUAUAACGAAAACGAAAGAAGGUCUUAAGACACUCAGAGAAAACAAAGUUCUGAAGUUGCUUGUGGAUUUUUUGCACAAACCAAAUGAGAAGAUACUUGAUGUGACUUUGAGUAUUUUGGGCAAUUGUUGUUUGGACAGCGACUGCAGAAAUGAAGUUGUCAGUCAUGGAAUUGUGGGCCCCCUGUCCUCAGUUAUCUAUAAUAUUGCAAGAGACAGCAUCCAGUGUCGAGCCUGUCGUUUGGUUGGAAACUUAGCCAAAGAACCUUACAUCGCUGAACAGCUCCACAUUGAAAGAAUUGCAGAUUCCAUUGUUUCUUUGUUGGUGUCUGGGUCUGGUUGUUCAACAGCUACACAACAGAUGGCAGUUAGAGCACUCAGAAUGCUGUGGAGUGUGGCAAAUCAGAGGGAGCAAAUGCUGAACUGCCAGGCGGUGCGUACUGUUGCGUUGCUGCUGCCUGUGAAUCAGGAGGUUUCUGGAGAGCAGCACUUGUUACUAGCGAUAGUUAAAGCCCUAGUAACCUUUACUAACUACCGUUCUGAAGAAUGCGCUCAGCAGGUUCAAGGAAAUGGCUCAGGUUUCAAACAUUUAGUAUGUCUGAUCGCAAACCCCAGGCUGAAAUGCUUGGUGCUGGAAUGCAUUUGCAAUCUGUGCUACUCAUCUGGCUCCAGACCUGCUCUAGGCAGUGCUGGAACUGUGGAAAUCAUACUUAUGGAACUCUUUAAUCAUCAAGAGGACAUUACAGGAUUGCAUGCUGGGAUGGUCCUGGCACUGUGUCAUCUGUGUGCUGAAUCUGUGAAUCGUGCCAAGAUACGCCGUGCCGGUGGUUUGCCGUUGAUGCUCAGAAUUGCUCGUAACCCCUCAGCAACAUCCCUUCGGUCCUUUAUUUUUGAAGCUCUGGUGCAGUUCUUGUACGACGAGGCAAGUUUGAAGGAACUUCUCAGAGAGGGCCUAGUUAACAUUUUAGUUAAUAAAGUAGCAGAUUUUGUGAAGGAAAAUGGGAGUGUGCACAGUGGAAACGGUGAACACAUGAUACCACUGGAAGGCAGAAGGAAAUGUAGCAUCUGUAAUGAUAAUGGACACUUUGCUUUUGAUAGCAAUAUUAUGCUUUCACAAGCCCUGAGAAAUGGCUGUACCUUAGCUGAAACAAGUGACGCAAGUGCAAAUACAGACCUAGAGCCAGGCGCAUCAAAGCGGAAAAAGUUCCGAGCAGACAGCCCCAGCUACCAAGCAGUGAUUCAGGAACAAGGUUGCAGUAACAGGUGUAGGUCAGAUGGGCACCGCAGAGAUCCGAGUCCAGAUUACAGUGCAGCUGGUGAUUGGAGCCCAGGAAGCCCAAGCAGUAUGUGCAUCUCUCCUGGCACUUCUCCUCCACAUUGCAGGAUAUGGACUGCCUCUCCUUCCCAUGCCUCAGUCUCUGAUGGACUGUCCCCUCCAUCCACUCCUUCUCCUUUGUCCUCAGAGGUUUAUGAUGGUGUGGAUUUCCCAGAAGUGUAUUCUCCAAUCUGCUGUGAUGCUGGUGGUGAUGAUCGUGAUGAUGAUGAUGAUGAUGAUGAUGAUGAUGAUGAUGGUGGUGGUGAUGAUGAUGACGAUUGUGUUGAUGAUGAUGACGAUAAAGAUGAAGAAGCACCUUAUGUCCUGCCUCAGGACACAAGCAAGGAUAAAGAUAGUGAGCAUGUUGCACGGAGCCCCGAGUACAAACGGCAGGAACCUAUUGAAGAUGGUGUACGUGUCUGUGACAAGGAAAUAGAUGCAGCGUUGAUCUUACUGUCCAGAGUUUCACACAUGGAGGACCCUGUAGAGGAACUGGCAACUCAGCCGACACUUUCGGCCUUGAUAGACUACAUUACAUUAAUCAGGAAUCCGCAACAGAGAGCAUCAAGUACAUUGUAUUCUAUCAUCAGGAACCACCAUUACUUCAAGUCAUUUCUGCUCCAUCGGUUUGUCCUGACCAUCCACUCUCGUCUCUGCCAGCCACAGCACUCUUCUUGCUGUACUUGCAUCUCAUUCAAGUUAUUUGGACUGUCACUGAUCUCCCAGAUUUCGAGGUUUGCUCACUCUGGAUUUGGUGAAGGAGAAUUGGCACAUCAUCUUCUUAAAGGAGAAAAAUCUGUUCAGAGGCUAGUGGCAGUAUGCAUUCCAUAUAUUGUAAGGAUGCACGCAAUACUGUGGAAGCUUAUGGUCCAAUGUGAUGCACUGAAAAGACUGCUUGAAGUACUGGACAGCAGCAGUACUGAAAAUGAUGGCCUGAGGAAGCAUGUGUCAACAAGUCUGAUACUGCUUGCUGUUGCUUUGAAUGUCCCUAAACCCCGUCACCACACCCGAAGAACUCAUAAGCGCAAAGAUAAAUAUCAAAAUCAGUUGGAGGAAACAGCUUCUGGAAGUACCACAAUAUGUUCUGAUAUGAAGGCUUCUGAGGAUGCAGUACUCUUGCAGCUAGAUGAUGGAAGUUCUGUUCAAGUUAGCAAGAAGCACCUCAGUUUGCUAUCACCAGUUUUUGAAGCUAUGUUCAGAGGCAAUUUCAAAGAAUCUCACGAGGAUUGUGUUCCACUUCCAGGAAUUUCACAUUACUCUCUUAUUAAUCUUCUUAGCAUGAAGUCCAGAUAUAUUCUUUCACAUAUGCCUGGUAUUGAUCUUAGUAAGUCACUGGAUCUCAUCGCUGUGUUGGACAGGUUCUUGGUAACAGGCAGUGAACAAGUGAUUGAAAUGAUAGUGCGUGAAUUCCUGUCUCAUAGCACAGCAGUUGAUAUUUAUGUCAGGUGUGUGGAAGCAGGCAGUGUGUCUCAUUUCCAUACAUUACGUUAUGACACUGUAAGAUAUAUGCUGACAUCAAACUCAGAACCCAACAAGAAUACUGAAAAGUUGUUUGAAGAUUUCUUACGGUGUCCAUAUAAGAAGGAACUGUUAAGAGAUAUAACAAAUAUUUUUGAAGAAAGACUCGAUCAUUUGCGGUGCAAAACUCAUCAUGAUAAGUUUAAAAAAAAUGCAAAAAUUACAAGGAAGUCUUGAGUAAUGAAAUGAUGCAGUGUGUAUAUGUAACUUUCUGUAGAUGAGAAUUGUUGUAUAGUUUUGUAUUAUAAAUAUCACCAUUUAUUCCAUA